AUGGAUAGGUCAGAUCAAUGUGCUUGCACAAGUACUGUACAAGAAAAUGAUGCAGUAUGUGAUAACCGCUUAUUUAUGAACACUCAAAUGGACUUCUACAGCGCUACCGGCUAUUUAGAAUACACUACAUUGGGUGCAACCAAUUUAAAAGUUAACGGAACAGGUGACUGUGCGGCCGUGAUUUUGGUGAAUGGAACAAAUAUAGGACUGAUGCAUGAAUUUCUUCCCUGCGAUAAACAGCUACCUUAUUUGUGCCAAAGCAAUACAGCUGAGAUUCGUAUUAAUGCUAUCCUGCAUAAAGAAGAUAAAAAUUGGACUGAAGCUGUAAAAAGUUGUAGUAUUAAUGAAAAUAUUGUGAGGGGUUCCUUUGAUGGUUAUUACGCCCUCAAAGAUCCUCCUAUAAGUACCAUAAUGGCAUGGACAGGAAUAUCAAGACGAAUUAUUAAUCAUUGGAGUAGCGGUAUUAUUGAUACCACAGAUUCAUACGACUGCUUAGCGGUAAGCAAAGACUCAGAAAACAGCACCGUACAAAUUCAUGCCAAAAACUGCAGUGAUUUACUUCCUGAUCUGUGUGAACGAUCCGGUAAUACUU